AUGAUUGCUUUGGCUAUAAACAGCGUUCCCCUGAGCCUCACGACAAUGUCCUCCCCUAACCAUGCCGAUUCCAACUCGGCCGCUUCAGUGACCUCUUCCAGUCCCCCCUCCGACUCACAGCAGAAACCCAAGAGGGCGAGAACUAGCAAACCCAAAGUCAAGACAGGAUGCAAUAACUGCAAACAACGGCGCAUUAAAUGCGACGAAAAGCGACCUUCCUGCUCUCAAUGUGUUCGCUCCAAGAAGAUUUGCACCGGCUACCCACCUCCCAGUCGGAGCGCAAGACCUCACGAGGUUCUCGCCAUUGCGCCAAAGCCUCUUGCCGCACAAAAUGGCGCUGCUCCCGUGCGGGCUUCGAUCGACUUGCCGCCCCGGAGAGCCCAGAAGGUGCAGGCUCGUCGAAUGACGCCCCCUCAGACUCCUGACUCCAACAUCUCGGUCACACUGUACCGCCCCGCGGGCAACCUCCAACUCACCCCGCAGGAGGGGCUGUAUUUUCAACUCUUCCGCUCUCACACAGCCAACGAGUUAUCUGGAUAUUUUGAUUCGGUGUUCUGGACCCGAACCGUUUUGCAGGAGUGCCAUUCAGAGAACGCCAUCCGUCAUGCUGUGGUUGCGUUGGGUGCCCUCUACAAGACCCUUGAGCAAUCGUGUGAGUCUCCUCCAGGAUCGCCAUCCGAUUCGCUGAACCCUGCAGACGGAGCAUACCGCCACUGGGAGGUGGCUGUCAAGCAGUACUCGGAGGCCAUCAAUGCUCUUGUUCAUCUGAACCGUGACCAGAAGUCUCACCGCACUCUACUCAUGGCCAGCGUGCUCCUGGCCUGUUUCGAUUCCUUCAUCGGCGAUCAUAGGCAGGCAAUCAGACAGAUUCAGACUGGCCUCGGCCUGCUGGAAAAGCUCCGAGCCGAGCGGAGAAGAUCCUUUCUGCCCAUUUCUGAGGAACCGGUCGAGGAGGAGCUCAUUACUAUGUUCACCAGGCUUGCAAUUCAAGCAAAAUCAUACGACAUGGCUUUCCACUUUCCUCACCCUUAUGUGAUUCGACUUACUCCGCAAAAUCCCGAGUUCCCUCAGUCGCCUCCCUCAGAUGCCGGUAGCUCACCUUCGUCCAUCAUUUCGAGUUCUUCGGUGCCAGAGCAAUUUUUUACUCUGAUGGAGGCACGAAACGCCUGGGACAAACUUCUCGAGAAAAUGCUCCGCUUCACCGAAAGCCUGUUCAUCUACCAGAAGUCAACUGGUGCGAACGGGCCCAUGGGAAUCCUACCCAAAUCGUUGAAGCAGUACGGAAUGAGCUUCAAGGGCCAGCUGGACGGUUGGUCUGAGGCUUUUGAGUACCUCCUCGAGUCUCGCACAGCCCCUGGUGUGAGCCAUCAGGAAAAGGCUGGUAUCGCUGUUUUGAAGAUGUUCCAGAUCAUGAGCCAGAUUCUUUUUCUUAUGACAUACAGCGACAACGAAUCACAGUUCGACCUGUUUCAGCCGCAAUUUAAAGCCAUUGUCGACCUUGCUUCGGAGGUGGUGGGUGACGAAGAGAGACGAGCGGCAGCCAAAAGAUGUCCCGAUCCAGCUCUCUGCCCUCAUCGCCACAACCACUCGCCAGAUAUCUUUGGCGGCAACGCAUACAACACGUAUCACAUUAAGCCUAGCUUCAGUGCUGAUUUGGGCAUUGUGCCUCCUUUGUUUGUAGUCGCCACCAAAUGCCGUCAUCCGAUCAUCCGACGACAGGCCAUUCAGCUGUUGAGUAGCAGCGCCCGACGAGAGGGCAUGUGGGAUAGCGAGCUGACAGCGCGCAUCGGACAAUGGGUUGUGAAUAUUGAGGAAGAGGAGGAUAAGGCGUCGUCACCAAAGCCGAGUCAAACGAACGGCGGCGCACGACAAGGUUCAGUCGAUUUUGGAGAGGAUGUUCCUCUUGGGCCCGGCGGCAAUGCUCGCUGGGACGCCCGGAGGGGCAGCACUAUCCCCGGUCUCAUCACGUCAAAACGGACCGUCCCCGAGGAAAAGCGCGUCAUGGUUCGCGCCGUCGACUUUGAUCUCCGAACAAGGUUCGCCAACUUGCAAGUCGGCACACGAGGUAUCAUUCCCGGGUCACCGGACCUACGAUCUCGCGUUACCCAAUUAACGUGGUGA